AUGGACAAGAUUCCUAUGGAAGGACUUGGCCAUCGUUCAGACCAAGCCGCACAGAGCGCCGAAGACGCCGACUGCCACGCCAACGAGACAAAAACCCCUAAUGAGGCAUUAGAGGUUAUAUCGUCACCUCUGGCGCUGGAAAAAGGCCAAGGAAUAGACCUGGAGAAUGCCUCUCCAGAUAUGCUGGACCAGGCGAGAAGCAUAAACAUCACACCCCCGGACGUACAGUCCAGCCCGAACAAACCUACCGCCACUCCUCGAUUGGCCAGGAGGGGUCUCUUCGCUUCCCUGGCUCUGCUUGCUGAGGUUGAUGAUCCAUAUCUCUAUCCAAAAAGCAGGAAAUGGUUCAUUACUUUCGUGGUGGCUUUUGCUGCGGCGGCCACUUCGCUGGGGAGUGCCAUCAUUUAUCCUGCUCUCGCCGACACCGCUCGGGACCUCCAUGCCAGCCCCACCGUCACCAACCUCUCCGUCGCUCUCUACAUGCUCAGCAUAUCCUUUUGCCCUCUCUGGUGGUCUGCUCUGAGCGAAACGGCCGGCCGUCGAACGACCUACCUCGUUUCCUUGGCUCUUUUUGUCCUCUUCGCCAUUCUCUCCGCAACAGCCAGAACCAUAGGUGUCUUCGUGGCUAUGCGCAUGCUGUCCGGGGGGGCCGGGGCAUCGGUCCAAGCAGUCGGAGCGGGUACCUUGGCCGACAUCUGGGAGCCUUUUGAAAGAGGUAAAGCGAUGGGUCGGUUCUACAUGGGCCCUUUGUGCGGACCGCUGCUCGCUCCCAUCAUUGGCGGGUUCCUAGCUGCUCGAUGGGGCUGGAGAAGCACACAGUGGUUCCUUGUCAUCUAUGGAGGAGUCAGCCUUGUUUUUCUUCUCUUUGCAUUACCAGAGACGGUCAGGAGACACGAGGAUCCAAGCGAGGACAUUGCGCGAGAAGCAGAUUCGGGAUCUUCCGCCUCUAUGACUCGUGGUCGCACGAAGAAGUACCUCCGUAUGUCCUGGGGUGUGCUUGUCGACCCGCUGAAGAUGGUGCUGCUUCUCCGUCACCUUCCCAUUCUCUUCACAGCGUAUUGGGCAUCGCUCGCCUUCGGAACGCUUUACAUCGUCAACAUUUCGGUCCAAGACGUCUUCGCCAAGUCUCCGUACAAUUUUUCUGUCUCCAAAGUCGGCCUGACCUACAUCCCUGCGGGCUUUGGGUUUUUGAUCUCAGCCUUGUUCAGCGGCAGGUGGGCUGACCAUGUCAUGGCAAGAGAAGCCAAGCGGAAGAACAGAUACGAUGAGAAUGGCAAGUUGAUCUUGCGGCCUGAGGAUCGAAUGAUGGAAAAUGCUUGGAUAGCUGCCAUCGCGUUUCCCAUAUCCAUGCUGUGGUAUGGUUGGAGUGCAGACAAAGGGGCGUUCUGGGUUGUUCCGCUGCUGGCGACCCUCGUCUUCGGCUUGUCAGCAAUGCUCAUCUUUGGGCUAGCCGUCACAAUGCUGACAGAGUUUGUCCCUCGCAAACCCAGCAGUGGCGUCGCUGUGGCAAACUUCCUCCGCAACAUCUUCUCCUGUAUCGGCACUAUACUCGCACACCCGCUGAUUCGGGCCGAGGGCACCGGAUGGAUGUUCACUGGCUUGGGAAUUCUCGUGAGUACAGGCGCUCUGGUCAUUCUGUGGAUGAGGACGAGGGGCUCGGCCUGGCGAGAAGCCAAUCGAGGGAAGAUCGGCUGA